AUGGACCAGCCUGACAAACCCAUCACGCCCAUGCCUACCGCUGACAUGCACGGCAUGACAACCAACAUGCGCAACGUCUCCCUCAACGAAGCCCCCGCCUCACUUCACGAUGACUACGACAUCAGUGGCAAUGGCCAUGGUAGCCACCACAACCACCAGCUGCCCCUACCUAGCCUACCACCCAACCUCACUCUGCACCAAUUCACCUUGCCGAUCCGCAACGCGGUGCCCUCCGACAAUGGUGGAAAAAACCAGCUCACUUCAACACUGCCCACCCCGGCUCUCACAGCCGCAGCUCACAACGAAGAGCUCACCACCAUCGCCGAUAACGAUACUACGUCCAUGGAGGUACAGUCUACCGCCUCAUCGGACAAUGGCACGGACAAGGACCCGGCCCCGGAUGACUCGAGCUACCUGCAUGCCCCCAUCUUCGGGCGCCGUGUGAGGAUCGAUGGUGAGGGCGCGUGGCGCGUGCAGGCGGAAGAGGUUGCGCGCCUUCUGGUCUCCGCUGAGAGCAAGUAUGAGGUCGUCAAGUGCAUGAAGGAGCUGCCGCGCACCCUGAACGGCACCAUCCCCGCGGCAUUCCGCCUUGAGCUGAGGGAGUUGGGGAUCAUCUGCUCGCGUCACGGUUGGUUGAUUAGGUUUGUGCAUAGGCAGCAGGCGCCGGGCGUGCCGCACGUUGUCGCGGGAAAGAGUGUCCACGCGAUGCGUUUUCUCAAGAGCCCGAUGCAGGUGCUCGGAUCCCAGGAAUCCCGCGCGGAGAAGCAGCAGAAGAAGGAGAACAUGAUGAAGGAGAAGAAGGCCACGAGGGCUAGGCGCCGGCAUAAAAUGAAGGUCAGGCGCGCGAGGGAGAACCAGGAGGUUCGGGAGACUCGGGAGCAGGAGAUGAUCAAGCUGGAGUACGAUGUUGUCUAG